AUGCUCUGGGACUACAUUUUUGUCGGCGGUGGCCUCUCCGCCUCCGUUGUGUCCAACCGUCUCCACCAUUUCAACUCGUCCCUCAAGAUCCUUGUCAUCGAGGCCGGAGGCAACGCCAACAACGACGAGAGUGUCAUGUGGCCCAAUUCAACCAACCUCAUCGGUGGAGAGUAUGAUUGGAAGUACAAGACGGUCCCGCAGGUGGCCUUGAACAACCGCAAUGUUGAUUUGCCUUGCGGCAAGGCGCUUGGAGGCGGCACUGUUAUCAACUCAGGUGGCUGGAUUCGCGGCGACAAGUAUGACUUUGACCUCUGGGGCGACCUCGUCGAUGAUCACCGCUGGUCCUAUGCUGGGCUCCUCCCGUACAUGAAACUCAGUGAGGACUGCCCUGUCGACAACCCGAAAGAGCACGGCAAAGACGGUCCUCUGCCUAUCCAAGGAAUCAUCUCUACCCAUCGCGAAUUCCCACUGCGCAACCAGACUCUUGAGUCAUGGGAAGCUGUUGGCGUUCAGCUGCUUCCCAACGUUGACGGCAACGCUGGCAACCCUCUCGGUAUUGGCGAUCUCUUUGAGAACAAGCUCAAGGGCCGCCGUGAAAUUGCCUCGAACAAUUUCCCGCUCGGCGGAGUCACUGUCCUCACUAAGACCAUGGUCGCAAAAGUCCUUCUGAGCACUCCCACUGCGUCGAGCCAAGAGCCCGAAGCCACUGGCGUCAAGCUCGCCAACGGAACUGAGAUUCAGGGGAAGGAGAUUAUCCUGUCCGCUGGCGCCAUCCGCACUGCUCAGCUUCUCAUGCUCUCCGGAAUCGGACCAGCCGAUGAGCUGAAGAAGUUCAACAUCCCCGUCCGCGUAUCUCAACCCGAUGUUGGCAAGAACUUUCAAGACCAUGGUCUUUUUGCAUCAUUGUGGACUUUGAAGAACCCAUCGGCAGGCUAUGCUGUCACCUCGCCCAACCCGCUAUGGAAUCUGCCACAAUACGGCUAUGGAACACCGGCAGACUUCCUCGUCACGACUAGCAUCACGGACAAAGCCGGAUUGGCCGCUGCUAUUGAGAAGGACGAGGGGAAGAAGCCUGAUCCGAAGACUCAUCCUCUGCUCAAGACCAAUCGCACAUUCAAUGAGCACGUCUUCAUGUACACCGGUACACCGGACGGAACCACCGUUACUAUCAUGCUCAUCAACCUACUGCCCACGUCUAAGGGGAGCGUCACUCUUAACUCUUCUGAUAUCAACGAUGUGCCUAACAUCAAUCCCAACUAUCACUCCACCGAAGUUGAUAAGUUCGUUGCCCGCGAGGGUAUGCGUCUCCAAAUCGACUUCCUCUCCUCGAACAAGACGGCUCUUGGUCGAGACAUUAUCGCUGGAGAGUUAGGUGCCACAGGAUUUACUGAAACCUUCACGACAGAGUCGACAGACGCAUAUAUUGAUGCUCGUAUUGCCGCUGGUCUUGCGUCUACUUUUCACCCGAUGGGAACUGCAGCUAUGGGCAAGGUGGUUGACACGAACCUCCGGGUCAAGGGCGUGAAGAAGCUCCGCGUUGUCGACACCUCCGUGUUUCCUGUAACUAUUACUGCGCAUCUCCAAGUUGCUACAUAUGCUACUGCAUACCAGGCAGCGGAUAUUAUUUAUAGUGAUAACUGUAGUAAAUAA